AUGGCUCAACAAUACUCUCAAGGACCUAAUGUCCAGAACCAGGAAUGGCAGAGCAACCUCUGCAAUUGCUCGCCCUGCGACUCUUGCAUGCUCAGCACUUUCUGUCCCUGUAUCCUAUUGGGUAAAACUGCCGACCGUAUGAGAGACCCUACGAUGCAAACUGCCGAUACCUGCAACAGCGAUACUCUUAUUUUCUGCGCCAUUCAAUGUGUUACCGGUUGUGGUUGGAUUUACUCCAUGAUGAAGCGUGGAGAGAUCCGUGAGCGAUUCGGCAUCAAGGGUAGCGGCAUGAACGACUGCUGUGUCAGUUACUGGUGUCUCUGCUGUGCUCUCAUCCAGCAGGACAACGAGGUCAAGGCUCGCCUUUCUCAGGGUCCUAUCACCCAAGGCUACCAAGCUCAGAAGGAGGGCAUGCACAUGCCAAAUGCCCAGCCCCAGUACCAGGACCAGAAGCCCAACCCUCACCAGCAGCCUCAACCUGAUUACCAGCUUCCUCAGCACCAGCAACAUGCCGGUUACCAGUCUCCUCCUCCCCAGCAGGCUUACAAUCCUCAUCAGCCCCAGCCCCAGUACUAG